AUGUAUCGCCUCAGUAUACUCCCCGCUUUGUCUUUGCUCCUUUCACCCUUAGUGAACGCUGCGACGCAGCAAUUGGUCCAAGUCACUGCCGACAUAGGACCCAACCCCAACAAUGUCGGUAUGUACGUGUAUAAGCCUGCGAAGCUAGCUUCUCCCCUCCCACUUAUUGUUGCGAUCCACGAAUGCACUGCGUCGGGGCCGAUAUACUUUGAGAGUACUCAAUACGCGACUCUUGCGGAUGAGUAUGGCUACUUGGUUGUCUAUCCAAGCUCACCGCGCUCUGGAACCUGUUUCGAUGUUAACACACCACAAACGCUGACUCAUAACGGAGGAGGGGACUCUCAAGGAAUUGCAUCCAUGGUCACUUACUCUAUCGCUACAUACGGAGUUGAUCCUUCGCUGGUAUACGUCACUGGAACAUCCUCUGGAGCUAUGAUGACAAACGUCAUGGCCGGCUCUUAUCCUGAGUUAUUCCAGGCUGCUUCUGUGUACUCCGGCGUGGCCUUUGGAUGCUUCGCGGGUGCUAGUUCAUGGAACACCCAAUGCGCUGAAGGGGAACUUAUCCAGACCCCUCAACAAUGGGGACAAGAAGUCGCCAAUGCUUAUCCAGGAUACACAGGUUCCCGCCCUAAGAUGAUGCUAUGGCACGGUACUGCCGACGAGACUCUUCUGUACCCUAAUUAUGGCGAGGAAAUCAAGCAAUGGACAGACGUCUUUGGACUCUCUCAAACUCCCACGACUACGACUCAAAAUGAUCCUCAAUCUGGAUACACUAUGACAACAUAUGGUACUGAAGUUGUCGGCUACUCUGCUGCAGGCGUCGGCCACACUGUUCCAGUUCAUGAAACCAUUGACUUGGCUUGGUUUGGAAUCACCGGAUCCACUGGCACUGGCACUGGCACUGGCACUGGAACUGGAACUGGAACCGGAACUGGAACCGGAACCGGCACUGGCACUGGUACGGGAACUGGGACUGGAACAGGCGCUGGAACCGUCGCUGAAUGGGGGCAAUGUGGGGGAAUCGGAUACACAGGACCGACAACCUGUGCCUCCGGAACAACUUGCACUGUAUCCAACGCUUAUUACAGCCAGUGCUUGCCUUGA